AUGCCGACACCAAAACCCCUCGCUGCGGCCUCAACAAGAAGGCCAUCGAGUGCCGUUUCUUCCGAGAGGUCUUCGAGCGUGAGUAACAAUGGCAAUGCUCAGGAAAAGUCCGGCUCAAAAAUGCACAAAAGAUCGCGCUCAGGUAUGCAUAAUUUGCAGGUCUCAGGCAUCAUUGAGGAUGAAUCUGACGCUGAAAUUGUCCAGGAUGUUUUACUUGUCGCCUCCGCAGAAAGAAAUGUGACGAGGGACAUCCCUCGUCGACCGAUGUGGUGGGGCAGUCCGGAGCAAAGAAGGGUUCAAAAGGAGCGAAUCAAGAACAAAAUCAAGCAGACCAAGUCCCUCGAGAGGAGUGGAUCACAACAGGAUGGGAUUAAUCUCGGUCAUAUCGCUCUAUCAUCCCCGAGCCCGGGAGAAGUUGAUUACAAUCAGCCGAUCGCCGAUGGGUACGAGUCCUUUGGCCCUCAUUUUGCGACACCCGGCUUCGUGCCGAUCUCAUACAGCCACUAUUAUACCCCAUAUGAAGUUGAUGUUAAGACCGAGCGCCAAACGUUCGUCAACGAUGUUCCCUUGCGGCAUCACUCUUCCGUUUCCACAUUCAGUGCAAUGGGCCCACCACAGCUACAUGCCACUCUCCCAACCUUUCCUGCUGAAGAAUGGUUCCAAGAAGAAUACUUUGGCUCUUCGGGGGAAUACGUGGCAAUGGAUCCAGCCCUAACUGGUCAAGGUGUUGGACAAUCUUAUGCUUCUCUCCAUGCCAACAUCCCCGUGGACGACUACGAUCGGCCUCUCUUGAACCAUUUUGUGGAGAACGUUCUUCGAAUGAUAUUCCCAAUCCUAGAAGCCCAUCAGCGAGGCUCUGCUCGGGCUCGAGCUGUUCUACAAUCCUUGGAGACGAACAAGUCCUACUUCCAUUGCUGUCUUAGCGUUGCCGCAAUUCAUCUCAAAACCACUACCGGAAUGAGUGGUGAACAGAUUGAUCAUGACAUUAUGCGACAUCGUUAUGAGGCAAUUUCUCAAUUGUGCCAAGCAUUGAAUAAUGACAGCGAUCACGAAAAAAUACUGGAUGCGACGCUUGCGAUGAUUUUCUUUCACUGCUCGGUUGGCUCACCAGACGACUAUCUCCCUGACAUCCCUUGGAGUGAUCAUUUCCAGGCCGUAUCAAAUUUGGUCAACAAGCUGGAUCUGACAAAUAUGAUGGUUCCGUGUGGAAAUGGGUAUAUGCUUCCCCCGUUUAGUAUGUCACUGACAUCCUGGAUUGACAUUCUCGGCUCCACCAUGCUUGGGAAAACACCUCAAUUCGCUCAUUCCUAUCGCAACAAGCACCUAAGUGGUGCAUCAUCUGGCCUCCGAGAACUUAUGGGCUGUGAUGACCGAGUAAUGUACCUCAUUUCGGAGAUUGCGUGUCUGGAGUCCCUGAAGAACGAGGGCCGCAUCGACUCGAUAGCCGUCUGUACCCAUGUCUCAGCCCUUGGAAGCCAGCUGGAGUACACUGAGCCCGCCAACUCGACCCUCGAAAGCCCGUAUUCUGCUACAACGGGUGCCAUCAGACCUGAGGUCUUGACAAAUAAUAUGACUGCUCUAUUCCGACUCGCCGCACGGGUCUAUCUCUGCAGCCUUGUCCCAGGAACUGAUCGAAACCAUUCCAGUAUUUGCAAUUUGGUUGAUACAAUUGCGGAUACUUUGUCCUAUAUUCCAGCCGGCCCUGGUGGAUUUGAUCGCUCGCUCGUCUGGCCAAUUCUCAUCGCAGGCGCAUACUCAACUCCUUCAAGCACCUUCCGUCAAGUCUUGGCCGAUCGAGUGGUCGCGAUGGAGGACCUUGCAGACCUUGGUAGCUUCGGUCGCAUGUACCAGCUACUGAAUGAGUUCUGGCGUCUGACGGACGAUUUUGUUGAAAGUCCUACGAUCAAGCAUGAUCUUCCGUCCAAGUUAACGUGCGAUGCCCCGGACUCUGGAGCUGAUACAAGCUCGUCGCCACCUCUCCCAUCACCCGGUAUGCGAGAAAUCAAGAAGCAGCAUGUGCAUUGGCGGGAUACCAUGAAUCGCAACGGUUGGCGCUAUCUUUUGAUUUGA